UCGGGCGGAGAAGCCAUGUUGAUAUUUUCUUUCUUUUUCCGUCAUACACCGACUCACAUGUAUUUGAGAACGAGAAAAGAUUAGUGAAAAAUUGCAAGAAAUAUGGUGGUUGGAAGUGGAUAAAUCAUGGUGUUUCUUUGUUUGUGCAAUCAUAGUGAUUUGUAUUCGAUGUAACAGUGAUUCGUAUAAAAUCAGUUUGAAGCACGGACAAUUUAUGCAUGGAAAUGUCUUCAAUGCAUUUUGUGGUUCAUCCCUUGCCAGGGACUGAGGAUCAAUUGAUUGAUAGACUCAAAGAAGUAGCAGAGAGAUGGAACCGCUACGGCACGGGUGCCGGCUCGUCAGCGCUGAGCCAGCUGCGCGGCGUGCGCGCCGUGGCGGCCGGGCCGGCGCACGUGGCCUGCCUGCUGGAGGACGGCACCAUCUGCCGGGCCGCCUUCUCCAUCAUCCCGGACAGACUCGACCUGAGCAAAGCAGACGCGAGUAAAGGCGGGGGGAAUGGAGGCGGCGGCAGCGGCGGCGGCGGCACUAGCGGGGGCAAGCAGGGCGGCAGCGGCGGCGGCGGCUGCGGCUCCCGGCAGCAGCCCCGGACUAGGGCCAGGAUUAUGAGGAAUUCGAUACGCGCGGCUCCUAGCUCUCAAGGGUCAACGAGCCGCGCCACGGGCGUGAUAAUCGGCGCGUCGGGCGCGGGGCGCGUUGUGUCGGUGCCGGCGCCCUUCGUGCCCGAGGACCUGGUGACGCAGGCGCAGGUCGUGCUGCAGGGCAAGAGCCGCAGCCUCAUCAUCAGGGAGCUACAGCGCACAAAUCUGGACGUGAAUCUGGCAGUGAACAACCUGCUGUCGCGCGACGACGAGGAGGGCGAGGAGCCGGAGGGCGGCGAGGGCGGCGACGGCUACGUGCCCGAGGACCUCAUCUCACUGCUGGACGGCGGCUUCCACGCGGCGCAGCAGGACCACUCCGUCAUCAUCGACGCCGACGCCAUGUUCUCUGAGGAGAUCUUCGGGUACGCGGCUGUCAGAAGUCGCAGCGGCGGCGGCGGCGGGGGCGGCAGCGGGGGGCGCGGCGGCGGCGCCAGUCGCGAGGGCGGCUCGUCCACUCAGGAGCGCCCCUCGGAGUUCAGCCGCUGGAGGGAGCGACAGUACUUCGGCCCGCGGCGCUGGCUCGAGUCUGCGCUCAGGGACACUUCGUGGGAGAAGGAUGGAGCCGAAAGCAAGAAGAAGGACUCUGCCAUGGCGGCCUCCCCUCUCUGGGUGUCCGAAGAGCUGGAGUACUGGGACAGCGGCACGCGCUUCACGCACAUCGCGGCCACACACAGCGAGCUGGUGGCCGUGUCGGCUCAGGGACAGCUGCACCAGUGGCGCUGGGCCGACGCGCAUCCGUACCAGCGGAAUGAUGCGCUGGGCUCGGGCAGCAUGUACCACCCGCGCGGCUCGUGGCUCGGCAUGAGCGCGGGCGAGCGUAUCGUGAACGUGAGUGCGGCCGGCAUCCGCGUGUCGCUGCUCACGGACGCGGGCCGCGUCGCCACCUAUCUGGACGAGUCUAUUGCUCACGCGCCGGGCGCGUCUCGGCUGGAGCACCCGCUGCAGACGUUCACCGAGUUCGGCGCCGACCGCGCCGCGUCGCUGCACGUGUGCUCGCUCUACACCGUGGCCCGGCUCGAGUCGGGGGCUCUGUAUUGGUGGGGCGUCCUCCCGCUGGGGCAACGCGCGCGCCUGUGGGAGAAGCACCGCGCGCGCUCGCGCAAGCAGCAGCGCGGGCACUCGGCGUCCGCGCCGCAGGACCUGCAGGCCGGCCACCAGGUCACCAUGAAGAACGCGCCCAUGUACCAGCCCGCCGCUGUCGGUUUCAACAUGUCGAGCGGGGUGCCGAAGGUGGGCAUCCUGCAGAACGCGGCGUGGAACCUGUCCGACAUGUGCCGGUUCAAGCUGCUGCCGCCGCCGCAGCCCGACCGCAGCCUGUCCGACAAGGAUAAAAGGGACAUGCAGAACCAGUCCCCGCUGACGGUAUCAUCAGUAAAGGCAUCAUCGUCGUCAUCCAGCAGUAAGGACGCCAACAAGGACAGCAACAAGGACAUGGCGGACCGGCUCGACAUGCCGCCGCCGCCCAGCCCCGCCUCCUCUACUUGCAGCGACACUAGCACUUCACACAAGCGUGCUAAGCGCGUGACAGUGCGCGGGGAGGAGGGCUCGUCCAACGACGGGCUGGCGAAGCAGCGCGACGAGGAGGAGUGGCCUCUGAAGGAAGUCGUCUUCUUGGAAGACGUCAAGAGUGUGCCACUUGGACGCGUACUGAAAGUGGACGGCGCGUACGCCGCAGUCCGCUUCCCGACCAUCGGCAAGGACGGGAAGGAAGUGGUCCCGUCCAACCCUGACGACUGGACCACGCUGCUGCAGGACUGCCGGCUGGUGCGCAAGGACGACCUGGUGGCGGUGAAGUGGGGCGCGGGCGGCGCGGCCGGCCCCCGCGGCCCGGACUGCCUGCAGCGAGCGCCGAGGAAGAUUGCCCUGCCGCCUGAUGUGCAAGUGCUUAGUAUUGCUGUGGACGGGCGCGGAGUCCACGCGGUGGUCCGGCGGCCGGGCGGCGCGCUGGCCUACGCUGUGUACGCCGUGGGCACCACACGGGCUCUCACUGACAGCACUUUCCCCACCGAUAAUAGUGCUCUGCUCGGACAUAGUAAUGGAGGGUCCAUACAGCUCACUACCGCUGCUGAGGGCAGCGAGCCAGUAGUGAUGAUGCUGGACGGCAACGGCGCCAUCUACCCGAUAGCGCGCGACUGCGUGGGCUGCGUGCGCGAGCCGCCGCCGCUGAACCUGUCGCCGGCGCGGGCGGUCGCGGCGCACGCGCUGCCGCUGCAGCCGCACACGCCGUCCUCGUCGCACCACAAUGCGCUUAAAUCACAGGUGGCGCUGAUAGUGAUAGUGCCGGAGCCGCAGAUCAUGAUGCCGCGCGUGCUGCGCUGCGACCUCGACGGGCUCAGGCAGCUGCUGCACCAGCUCGAGAGCGACACCAACAAACUGCAAAUAGCGCAAAUACUGCAAGAGAGAUGUGACGGCAACAGAAACAUUCUGCACGCUUGUGUUCACAUGUGCGCGCCUACUUCUAACAAGGAGCCUGAUAUAGUGGAAAACGCCUCCAUGCCGAAUCUGAGUGGCAACUCGGGCGGCGGCGGCGGCGCCAGCGCUGAAGAAGCGGUGCCGGCCAUGUCAUGGCCGCCGGAGACCUUCGACACGGCGUCCGGAGACGAGGACAGCCUCAUGGGACUUACUAACAGCGGUAAGCUAUCCGGCAGUGGCGGCGGCGGCGGCGCCGUGAGCGCGGACCCGGCGGAGCGGCGCGGCAACGCGCUGGCGGCACUGCGGGCGUUGUGCGAGAGCACCGCGCUGCAGCCACAUCUCAUGCAGCUGUUGGCUGCUAGGGACGGCCUCGGCCAAACGCCUCUAAUGGCGGCCGUAGCGGAGCGCGCAUACCGCGCAGCCCUAGUCAUACUAGACGCCAUCCGCGCCUGCCCCGACGCGGACGACGCUCAGCGAUCAGCCGCCAUCUUCCCGCCCAACGCGCACCCCGACCACUCGCCGCUGCUGGUGCUGUGCUGCAAUGACACGUGCAGCUUCACAUGGACCGGACAGGAGCAUAUAAAUCAAGACAUCUUCGAGUGCAAGACCUGCGGGCUGACCGGCUCGCUGUGCUGUUGCACUGAGUGUGCUAAGGUGUGCCACAAAGGGCACGACUGCAAGCUGAAGCGCACCUCCCCCACGGCGUACUGCGACUGCUGGGAGAAGUGCCGCUGCAAGGCGCUCGUGGGCGGCAACUGGGCUGCGCGCUGCGACCUGCUGGCCAAGCUGGCCCGGGACACGCAGCUCGCCACGCACUUCAACUCUAGGGGCGAGUCGAUCCUCCUGUUCCUGGUACAAACAGUCGGGCGGCAGGCGGUGGAGCAGAGACAGUUCCGCGCGGGCGGCGGGCGCGGCCGCUCGGCUCGCAAGCAGCCCGGCUCGGACGCCGAGGUCGACGCCCCCGAUCACGAUCUGGAGCCGCCGAGGUUCGCCAGGCGCGCCCUGCUGCAUUUGUUAGGAGACUGGGCAGCAGUGGAAGCGGCGGUCAUGUGCGGCUCGUCCGGGACAGCCCCGGCCGCGGCGCCGGAGGGAGACCGGCCCGGCAGCCCGGCGCCCGGCCAGUCCGGGACCACUUUACUGGACAAGUUCACACACGCACUCAUUGUCAAGUGUACUAAUGAGAUGCUGGACACACUCCUGCACACAUUAAUCCGCGAGCAGCAGAACGAGGCGGUCCCGGGGCGCGCGGAGCGGGCGCGUGAAGUGGCGCGGCGGUUCGUGCGCUCCGUUGCCAGGAUAUUCGUCAUCUUCAGCGUCGAGAUGGCGCCAGGCGCUGCCAAGAAGAAGGGGCCGCUCUCAAUAACAUCAUCACUGGUGCGGUGCCGACGCGUGUUCGCGGCACUAGUGGCCCUCGCUGUAGAGGAACUAGUCGAAGCGGCGGACGCCCUCCUGGCCCCGGUGAGGCUGGGCGUGGUGCGCCCCACCGCGCCCUUCCCGCUGGCCACCACGUAUGUGGACCUCGUCAACGGAAGCGAAGAUCUGUUUGGAGUGGAGCCGCUGUCUACUGGGCAUUCGUCGCGGCUGCCGCAUUCUAGGAGGGACUCAAGCGCGGCGGGAGGUCGCGGAGCAACAGCUGGCACUUCCAUCGGCAGUUCCACCCUGGUCCAGGACCGCUCGUCCACGCCUGUCGCCACGGAGUACGCGGACGACGUCGCCGGGGAUAAUAUGGCUGGUGAUGAUGAUGCGUCGGAGACGGACGAGCCGAGCGCCCCCGCCGCCAACCCGCCCGGGGAUGGCCAGCAUGAUGACGCUAUGGGCGAUAGAGGCCAAGAGCAACACGUGGUGGUCGAGAACGGCACAGAGCGCGCCGAGGGAGGCGAGAGCGAGAGCGAGCUGGACCUGCUGGCCGAGGCGGAGACGGAGAGCGACUCGGACGACCAGGACAAUGCCGAGUCGGCGCAGCGCAGCGUGCAGACCGGCGCCACGCAGGGCUCCGAUGCAGGCAUAGCAUCUCUCCUCCUGUACCCCGAAGACGAGAGCGGCGACUCCACACAACCAGAGGACGAGGACUCGGAGGCGGGCGAGACUGAUGAGCAGGAGGGCGAGGGCGAGCCCGCCCUGCACGACGGCGAGCCGCUGGAGCGCCGCGCCGCGCCGCCCGCCCGCCCUAACUUAGCCCCGCAUUCCAUGCAGUGGGCUAUACGUUCCCGCGAGUCAAACCGCGGCGGCUCCGGCGGCACGGGCGGCGUGCGUCUGGCCACAGGCUCGUCGCUCGUGUUCAUCGACCCCGCGUCGCUGCGGCGCUCGGCGGCGGCGGCGGCGGCCGGCGCUCAUGAUCCACACUCGACUUCGACUACUGCCUCGUGCCUGGCUAGGGCUUUCGGCAUAGUGAUCCGUCAGAUAGCGGACCUACUCUGGGAGUACGAGCGCGUAUCCCUGCCCCUACCCCGCAUGAUGCCACUAGCAUACCGCGAGGCGCUGCGGCUCCAGUGCUAUCUGGAGCGCCAGCUGAAGCAGACGUGGGACUGGCUGGUCACCGUCAUGGACGCCACUGAGGCGCAGCUUAGAUUCGGCGCAUCUCUAACGUCAAACAACGCGAGCACGUCAACCGCAGUGGAGACGACCCGCGCGGCCGCGCCGGCCACGCGUCGCACUACUUCAUUCACUGCGCCUGCCACCAGGAUCAUAGGAUUCUCUGAGGGACCCCGAGCGAGGGAUCGGGAACAAGGCGUAGAAGCCGGCAGCGCGCGGCGCGAGUUCCUCGCCUACUGCCUCUCCUUACUGCGGGCUCACAGCGGCGAGCACCUGGAGCAGCUGCCCGUGCUGGACGUGGGCGCGCUCAAGCACGUGGCCUACGUGCUGGACGCGCUCGUGUACUACAUGCGCGCCGCGCACCCGCAGCCUCGCGCGCACCAGCUGUGGACGCCGGACGAGAACGAGAACGAAGAGGGCGAGGAGGAGAUGGUGGUGGGCGGCGGCGCGGCGGCCGAGUCGGACUCGGAGGGCGAGGCGGCUCGCGGGCGCGGACACGCCUUCUUCCAGCGCUCAGACUCCACGCUGUGUCUGGGCUGUCCCCCGCCGGACCCCUUCAUACUAUCGAUGCAAGACGCGCUCCCUCUGGCUGACCAGCCUCAGCUGCUGCAGCCCAACGCGCGGCGCGAGGAGCUGUUCGGCAUGCCGCGCCAGCCCGUGACCGUGCCCGCCGCCGGGGACGCGCCGCCCGGCGUCAACAACCCGCUAGAAGUGGUGCCACGGCGGCUAGGGCUGUCGACGCGAGGCAACGACCGCGGCUGGUCGCCGCCCGCGCGCCCCGCCUCCGCGCCGCCCACGCACCCCGCCAACUUGCAGCAUCUCUCCAGGGAUGAGCCUCAGGAUCUAUCUUGCACUAAAGAUACAGUAACAAAAAUGGACAUUGACACAGACGGAGAAUACUUAUCGGACUCAGAUUCUAAUGAAGCCAGACAAAUACCAAGGAAAAAACAUCAUAGAUAUCCUCACUCAGUGACCCUGACGGCCAGUAGCAGCUCCAUGCAAGAGGCGGGCUCGCAGUCCUCGGAGUUCAACACUUUAGUGGACACGGCCUGCUCCAUCAUCGAGGCGCCGCAUCAGCAGGCGCUCGGAGCCGCGCCGUCGCCAGGCCCCAGCGGUUCGGGCGCGGCGGAAGCGCGCGCGGCCGCCCGCAGUCCGGCCAAGACUGUUAUUGUACGUGCUGGCGAGCUGCUAAGCGGGGCAGAUCCGCUGGAGUCGCAGGAGAUAUCCGCGCACGUGACGGUGGAGACGACGGGCCUGCCGCCCACGCCGCACCUACCCGCCUUGAACACACCUGCGCAACCUCGCGCGUGCCCAUCACUCGGCGCGUCCGUCUCGCACGACCUGCUACUCGGCCGCUGGCGCCUCUCCCUCGACCUGUUCGGCCGAGUGUUCACCGAGGACGUGGGCCUGGAGCCCGGCUCCGUGGUCGCCGAGCUGGGAGGGUUCCCGGUCAAGGAGGUCAAGUUCAGACGAGACAUGGAGAAGCUGAGGAACUCGCAGCAGAGGGAUCUCACGCUGCAUAAGAUGGAACGCGACCGCGCGAAGCUCCUCACGCAAACAUUCGCGGAGCUGAACAGCGCGUACGCGGGGCAGAACCGGCGAGCGCACAGCACGCAGCCGCCGCUCGCCGUCAACCGCGUCAAGGUCACCUUCCGCGACGAGCCGGGCGAGGGCAGCGGCGUCGCGCGCAGCUUCUACACCAGCGUCGCUGAGGCGCUACUAGCGAAUGAGAAGCUGCCCCCACUAGAGCCGGCAGCGAGCAGCGGCGGUGGCGGAGGAGGGGGCGGGGGCGGCACCAACGGCACCUCGGGCUCCGGAACUGCAGCUGGUGGCGGCAGCGGAACCAGCGGAGCGAGAAGCAGCAGCGGCGCAACCCGGGCUCGUUCAAAGGACGCGUCGCGACGAGCGCCCGCGCGGCCCUACGCGCGCACACCCGCCGCCCGCGAGCCGCGCCGCGCGCUCAGCAUCGACGCACGACCAUACUCACCACAGGCGGCGCCCGGCACGGAGGGCGCGGGCUACAGCGGCGAGCGGCCCGGCGGCGCGCACAACGACCACCUCACGCUGCAUCAGGCGCAACUCGGCGAACGACUCUACCCCAAGGUGCACUCCCUCCACCCAACCUUCGCUGGCAAGAUCACGGGCAUGCUGCUGGAGCUGACGCCGGCGCAGCUGCUGGUGCUGCUGGCCAGCGAGGACGCGCUGCGGCAGAAGGUGCGCGAGGCCAUGGACCUCAUCGUCAUGCACCCCUCCGAGGCUAUACUGGACUUGGACGUGUUUUCUCUAUCGGAGCGCGGCGCGGGCGGCAGCGGCGCGGGCCCGUCCACGGCGGCCGCGCCCGCGCCCCCGCUGCCGGCCGACGACUCCGCGCCGCUGUUCUACUCGCCCGGCAAGCGAGGGUACUACUCGCCGCGGCAGGGCAGGGCCACUGCCGAGAGGAUCAACGCUUUUAGGAAUGUUGGCAGAAUAAUCGGGCUAUGCCUGCUACAAAACGAGCUGUGCCCGAUGUUCCUGAACCGGCACGUGCUGAAGUACAUGCUGGGGCGGCCGGUGCGCUUCCACGACCUGGCCUUCUUCGACCCGGUGGUGUACGAGUCGCUGCGCCAGCUGGUGGUGGACGCCGAGACGGGCGACUCGCACGCGCUGUUCGCCGCGCUCGAUCUCAACUUUAGCCUGGAGAUGUGCGAGGAGGAGGGCGGCGGCUGCGUGGAGCUGGCGGGCGGCGGGCGCGAGCUCGAGGUCACCGCGCUCAACGUGUACGACUACGUGCGCAAGUACGCGCAGCACCGGAUGCUGCUGUCGCAGGAGAAGGCGCUUGAGGCGAUGCGCGUGGGCGUGCUGGACGUGCUGCCCGAGUCGGCGCUGGAGGGGCUGACGGCGGAGGACCUGCGGCUGCUGCUGAACGGCGUCGGCGACAUCAACGUGGCCGCGCUGGUCUCCUACACCAGCUUCAACGACGAGAGCGGGGAGCCGCCCGAGCGCCUCGCGCGGUUCAAGCGCUGGCUCUGGGCCAUCGUAGACAAGAUGACGCAUCUAGAGCGACAGGAUCUGGUAUACUUCUGGACGGGCUCGCCGGCGCUGCCCGCGUCGGAGGAGGGCUUCCAGCCGAUGCCGUCCGUGACGAUCCGGCCGGCGGACGACGCGCACCUCCCGACGGCCAACACCUGCAUCUCGCGUCUCUACAUCCCGCUCUACUCCUCGCGCCACGUGCUCAAGCACAAGCUGCUGCUCGCCAUCAAGACGAAGAACUUCGGCUUCGUCUAAUCUCUCUCCUACAUUCUAGCUCGUAAGCCCAGUCAUGUACGACUCGGUCAAUCUCCUACUAGUGUUCACGGAUAUCUAACGGUCCCAGUAUAUUUAUAACUACGUAACUUACUAUAUACGGUUAAAGAUAAUAAUGUGUAUUUAUAGCGUUCUCUAAUUCGUUUCUAUUGUAUUCUGACGUUAAUAUGUGACUGGGAAAUUUUGACUGAAUAAGUAAUAUUCAAUGAAAUUUGACGUUACGAAACGCUCUCCGACGACGCAGUCCGCACAAGUACACUCGUAUGUUACAGUUUUACGCCUCAUUAACUUGGGAUAUAUCAUUAGUGGACAUGCACACUCGGUUCAGUCAACGCUGGGUGUGAAAAGCGAUGCAUCAAUUUAAAUCUCUAGUAAUAUUUUUUCUUGAACUUUUUUAUUUAUAUACCAUAAUAUUUUUUAUUUCAUUCUCUUUAUGUUUUGCCAUAUAGGCCUAAUAAUACAAAAGUGCAUUUGGUUUCGUUCCUGAUGUACUUACGUUAUUUAUUAUUUAUUUUGCUGAAGGCGAAUAAAUGGUGGCGUGACGUUGAGAGACUCAAAAUAUUCAAGAAUAUUUUAAUCUGUUUAUAUAGCUUUGUUAUAUAGUAAAAUUAUAUAAGAUCAUAGAGUAUGAUGGGUACUUGCUAAAUUAGUUUGGGUAAGCUUGGAAAUAGGGAGGCGUGGAGUCCAAGCAAUGGUGUGUUUUGUGAUAACAGAGGAAGUAUUUACGCGCCUCUUCUAAAUUUAAGACUAUAGAUUUUCCUUUGUUUAGUUGUAUUAAUAUGAUUCAUAAUAAACAAUCUCAAAAGCGCUUA